CCCUGUUCCUGGGCCCCGCCGCACCCGAAACCUCCGUCGGAAACCACCCAGGAUGCAGAGAAGACUCCAAAACUGGUUUAGAGCAACCUUUCAGGCACUGGCAGUGAGUCCUGUACGUCCUCGCAGGGGGCACCUGGUAUGCAAGGCAGUAGGAGGUGGCAGAAGAGGUGGUGCACUCCAAAACCAGCUCCUUGGAUAUUAGCAGACCUGAAGACAUUUCAUCCCCUGGCAGUGUUACCCUAGGUGCUACGAGAGGGGCAGCACAGCUCCUGACCACAACCAGGGGCCUCCUCUUGUCCCUGGCACGGGGACGARAUGGCUGCUUUCAUUGCUGAAAACUUCCGCUUCCUCUCCCUGUUCUUCAAGAGCAAAGACGUGAUGAUUUUUAAUGGCCUGGUGGCUCUGGGCACGGUGGGCAGUGAAGAGCUUUUCUCCGUUAUGGCCUUCCACUGCCCCUGCUCCCCAGCUCGCAAUUACAUCUACGGCCUGGCCGCCAUCGGCGUCCCAGCCCUGGCGCUCUUCCUCAUCGGCGUCGUCUGGAACAACCACACCUGGAACCUGGUGGCCGAGUGCCACAAGCGCGGCACCAAGAACUUCUCCGCUGCGGCCACGUUCCUCCUCUUCGGCUCCAUCAUGGGCCGGGCCGCUGUGGCUCCCGUCACCUGGUCGGUCUUCUCGCUGCUCCGCGGCGAGGCCUAUAUCUGCGCCCUCAGCGAGUUCGUCCAGCCCGCCAGCCUGGAUAAGUUUCCAGCCGAGUACGGGGCUGAGGCCCUGGCCAGGUUCCCCUGCAAAGACGUCCCAGCAAACCUGACCAAGUUCAGGGACGAAGUGACCAGGAGGCUCAAAUAUGAGUCCCAGCUCUUCGGCUGGCUGCUUAUCGGGAUAGUGGCGGUCCUGAUUUUCCUCACCAAGUGCCUGAAGCACUGCUGCUCGCCGCUGAGCUACCGCCAGGAAGCCUACUGGGACCAGUACCGCUCCAACGAGGACAAGCUCUUCCGCCGCACGGCCGAGGUCCACUCCAGGGUCCUGGCRGCCAAGAACGUGAAGCAAUUCUUUGGCUUCGUGGCCCUGGACAAGGAGGAGAAGGAGAUGGUGCAGGAGUUCCCUGUGGAGAGCGCCCAGCCGAGCCCCCAGUGGAACGCCAUCACCGGAGUCUACAUCUACAGGGAGGACAAGGGCUUCCCUCUCUACAGCCGGCUCCAUAAAUGGGCCAAGGGUGUGGAAGGCAAUGGGCCAAGCCCCGAAGCCCAUGAAAUGCUCUUCUUGGCUUCUUAAGACAGACRGGUGGCUGGGACUGUUUCCCUAGACCA